AUGCCUUUCCAGCAGGGUUCUGCCCGAGCGCGGCAGCGGACCGUCCUUCUGGUGGGGAUCGUGGUGCUGCUGGCCGCCCUCGUCCUCGCUGUCGUGCUGGCCUCUGUCCUGACUCACAGAAAGCAAGAGGGCAGUCCGAAAAUGCUGAGGUGGAAGGACAGAGGGACCACUAAGAAUCUGCGAGAAGUCAUCCUGGGAAGAUGCUACAACUACGUCAUGGCGCGGUACCCUGAGCUGGGAGAUAAGGAUUGCCUAAAAAUAUGGGAAUCAUUAAAACAUGCGUUCAUUUACAAGAAUCCCUGUAAUAUUACAGCAGAAGAUUAUCAGCCUUUCAUGGAGUUAGCAAGUCAUCCUGUACCCUGUAACAAGUCACUGUUUUGGAGCAAGACAAGUGACCUCGCUCAUCGUUAUACAAAAUCCAAUCAAAAUUUCCUUACCUUGGAGGACACCUUGUUGGGUUAUAUGGCUGAUAGGGUUUCAUGGUGUGGAGACCCCUCUGCCCCAGGAAUCAACUAUGAAUCUUGUCCAAAACGAAGUGAAUGUGAGAGCAACCCUAGUUCUGUAUUCUGGAAAAUGGCAUCCAAGAUGUUUGCAGAAGCAGCAUGCGGUGUGGUUCAAGUGAUGCUCAAUGGAUCAGUAGAAGCUGGAGCUUUCAAAAGCAGCAGCAUCUUCGGAAGUAUUGAGGUCUUUAACCUAAAUCCAGAUAAAGUCUCUGCAGUACACAUUUGGCUUAUGCAUGACAUUGGUGGACUUCAAAGUGAAUCAUGCUCAGGUCAUUCCAUAAGGAGGUUAACGAGUAUCUUAGAAGAGCGAAACUUUAAGAUCACCUGUGAAGACAAUUACAGGCCGGUUCAGCUCCUUCAGUGUGUGCACAACCCUGACCACACAGACUGCAGACUUUGCACCAACACCACAGCAACUCCGUGA